GACUCUUCAGGCAGGUUUCACUCUAGAGAUGGCUGCGAAAGUGUGUAGAUCGGUCUUCUUCUUGCCCCGGAGCAGCGGGGCAGUAGGUGUUGCAUUCCCCGCCCUUGGUGUGUCCUCACAGCGACAACAGCAGCACACAAGAUCGCAGGAGGUGCUGUCUCUCCCCCUUGCCCACCAGACGGUCAGGAGAGGCCACAGCCUGAAAACAGUGGUUAGGACCUCCCUCUUCAGCCAAGCCGCCGCCCCCCUGACACCCCAGGGCUGGAAGGCCUCCUCAUCAUGGCAGGGUCAUCGACUGUUAUGCUCCUCUGCUGCUCUAGAGGAGGUGACGGUGGUUUAUCAGAACGGCCUGCCUGUGAUCUCAGUUAGUCUGCCGUCUCGACGAGAACGAUGCCAGUUCACGCUCAAACCACUCAGCGACUCCGUCGGGGUCUUUCUUCAGCAGCUCCAGGCCGAGGACAGGGGCAUAGACCGGGUCGCCAUCUAUUCUACAGAUGGAACAAGGGUAGCUUCAUCCACAGGCAUUGAUAUCCUGUUGCUGGAUGACUUUAAGCUAGUGAUCAAUGACACUACACAUCUGGUGCGGCCACCCCGGAGAGAGCUCCUAGCACACGAGGAGGCGGAGCGUCUGAAUGAUGUGAAGUUCCUGGUCCAGCAGCUUUACACCACUCUCCGGAUUGAGGAACAUCAGCUGAGCAAAGAGAGAGAGCUGAUUGGACGACUGGAGGACCUCAACUCCCAACUCCGCCCACUGGAGAAGGUGAGGGAGGAACUAAGCAGGAAAGCUGAGCGCAGGACGACCUGGGUGUUGUGGGGAGGGAUGGCGUACAUGGCCACACAGUUUGGCAUCCUGGCCCGUCUGACCUGGUGGGAGUACUCAUGGGACAUCAUGGAACCCGUCACCUAUUUCAUAACCUACGGCACCGCUAUGGCCAUGUAUGCCUACUUCGUUCUCACACGCCAGGAGUAUGUGUACCCUGACGCCAGAGACAGACAAUACCUGCUCUUCUUCCACAAAGGCGUGAAGAGGACACGCUUUGACGUAGAGAAAUAUAACAAGCUUAAGGACGCCAUUGCUGAGGCGGAGUUGGAUCUUAAGCGUCUGCGAGACCCCCUGCAGCUACAGCUGCCCAUCCAGCAGAUCACGGCCAGCAAGGAUUGAUGAGAAAAGUGAAUCCCUCUUCUCCCCUCUCUGCCCACCCCUGUACCCCUCUUCUCUCCGUCCGACCCCACACC